AUGCACGUACCGCAAGGUAUUGCCUACGCUUUAUUAGCUGGUGUCGAUCCAGUAGUUGGUCUAUAUACCUCAUUUUUUCCUGUAUUGGCGUACAUGCUCUUUGGUACUUCACGGCAUUGUUCUACAGGAACCUUCGCCGUAGUAGCACUGAUGGCGGGUAAAGCGGUGACUCGGUUGAGCCAACCUUCUCAGGACUCGUUCUCCAGUACGUUGACGAAUCUCACUGACACAUCUUCGUUACCAACACCGGUCCAAGUCGCCACUGCUCUCACCUUGUUUAUUGGUAUUAUUCAGGUAAUGGUGGCGAUAUUCGGGCUGGACUUUGUUACCACGUAUUUUUCUGACGAAGUUGUUGCUGGAUUUACAACUGGUGCUUCUGCACAUGUUUUCAUCACACAGCUCAAGGAUGUCUUCGGAAUCACUGGACUCCCACGACGAGAUGGCAUAGGGAACGCGCUUUUAAAAGUCUACGAUCUCUGCGCAGGAAUCGCUCGAACGAAUCUUGUCACCCUUGGGUUGUCAGCGUUGACGAUUCUCAUGCUACUACUUGGAAAACACGCGAUAAAUCCUUUCAUAAAAAAGCGUCUCCAUUGUCCUGUGCCAUUUCCCAUGGAACUCAUUGCUGUGAGUGUUCUGUUGAAAGGUUUUGGGCGCUAA